AAAAAGCCCCUCCACCGCCGUCGUGAAACACAAACACUCGAUCUCUCGUUGCGUUCGCAUCGCACACCUGCUCUGCUCCGUCAGUUAGUGUUCGCCGAACUCUGUCGAAUUCGCGAUAUCCACCUGCAAAGUGAAGAGAUGGCGAUUCCGUUCCGUCUGCCGACCUACCACGACCCGCGGGCCGCACUCGUGGCCCGCGCCCAGCAACUCCUGUCCGACCUGGUGGACACCCUCGGACAGUUGGAGCAACUCCAACAGCCGUCCGACUGGUACAUCCAGGACGACGAGGAGGAAACGGCCGAUGGCCAGCAGCCGACGCUGCACGCCGUCAACCCUCAGCUGCUGGUCGAGGCCGUCAGGGCCGUCGCGCCCUCCACGCACCAGGACAACUUUGACCGAGUAGUUGGCGACGACGACGAUGCUUUUUCUGCAUACCCAACUCUCAUCAGCUGUCACGCAAAUCCACCGCACGCGCCUCCAGCUGCGGUUGCUGCGAGAUGUGCUGCUCCAGACGCACCAAACCCAAACCCAGCAGUGUCCGCAGUGCCAGCAGCAACCACCACGUGCGCCGCCGCGACGCGAUCGGCGCAAUCCUGGCACCAAGUAGGCAACAACCUGCGGCGCCUCGCUGACGAAAUCUCGUCCGACUUCAGGCUGAAGCGCGUGAGUUGCAAUUCUCCCGCUCGACAGUCUGACACUUCCCGCAACACACCCAGCUUCAUCCAAAGUCUGCUGGCGCUGGUCCUGCCGAAGAAGCUCAGCUACUCGGCCACCGUCAUCUACAUAGGUAUGCGCCUGCUGAAAUUCAACUUGAAAGACUUUUGACGCAGCAGGCCGCCUCGGUCUCAACCUCCCUAUGAAUGAUCAAAUUGUGAUUCAGCCGCGAUUUUCAUAAAAACAAAAUACGCGGCGCCCUUGUUCAUAUUAGAUCCUUAAGUAUAUGGGGCAUUUUCUGUGUAAAACUGCCAUUUUCUCGCCUUCCGAGGGCGUUUUCUUAAAUGCUAGUUCGUCGCUAAAUUUAAUUCUUACUCGGCCGUUCGCCUCCGCCUGAUCUCGGUGGGGUGGACUCGGACGUCUGAGCUGUCCUAUUAUUAAAUCAGCUUUCCGGAUUAUCUCAGUUUGUUAAUAGUAAUUAAAUUAUUACUUGGUUUUCGCACCAAAUUGCUUUUCCUUUGUAGUUCGAUUAAGGUUGUAAUUUAUUUAAGUUUAAUAUUUCUUUUGUGCCGAGUAUUAAAGUUUUCCUUUCGAAAAAAGUAUUCCAAAAUAUUUCACACGUUCUCAAGCAAACCAAGAGACUUUAUUGGCCAUUACGAUUAUCACUUAUGAUGUAAGUGGGUGCUCCCUUAUAUAAUUGUGCAUAUAUAGACUCCCCCACCAGUAAUUAAAUGUUCCCUUUACAUAUAUGUAUGAACCACCAACAGAAUUUUAUUAGUAAAUCUUUUUAGCUUUUAAUGAUAAAUCAACACACGUCAACUUUUGCCAAAUUUCUGAUCUCGCAGAUUUUUUUUGCAUAAUUUUAUUAUUUUUUAUUUUUGCUCAUUUUUAUUCGAGUCCACAGCUAAAAUUCAAAUGGGUUAGUGCGAUAUGAUCCAAAACUAUAAUAGGGAAAGCAACUUUUUGUACUGAUCUCUCUGCCCGCUUAAAUGAAAAACAAGCUUUUCGCCGACCAAAUUUUCAAUGUUUUUCGGAAGGAGCUCUGCUCUUCAUAAUUAUGUAAAUUUUUGCUGUUCCUUUUUGUUUGAUUUUUGGAUACAUUUUACAUUGAUGAUCUCUUCCUGGGAAACACUUCAAUAACGCUAUGUAUCAAAUUUUUCGGGAAGAAUUUCAUCUUUUUUUGGACCACGAUUUUGAUGUUGUAACCCAAGAGAGUCUUUUGAUCUCAUAUUAUUGUAGCGCUAAUGUGCUGGUAGACGUGAAUUGAAAAUCAAAUAUGCCGAGUUUUGUUUGUUCUCACGCGCGUGUCUCAAGUUUCCAAACACUUUUUGAUCUGGAGAUGCAAACGCAUCUGAAAUUUUUGGAAAGUGCCUUAUUGUGACUUUUGGAAAAUUGUAUUUUUGGAAAUGAAAGAAGCACACUCUUGAUGGCGAAGUUUUAUAUUUUUGUGUUUUUUUGAGACGCAGCGGUGGAAACGCCGAGGCCGCGAGAAAAAUUCUUUAAUAUGCUCUUCAAUGAAAUUGUGAUUGUCUGUAUUAUAAAAUGUCUGCGCUGAAAAAUUGUUGAAAUAUUGAUACGUGCGAAGAAAGUGUUUAUUGGAGGAAAACGGCAAAGAAACGUGAUUGUUGAUUUGCUUUGAGAAUGUUCAUUGAUUGUAAAUAUUGAUACUGCAAUUGUAUUUCUCUCGACUUUGGUAUAUAUCAUUAUAUACUUUUAUAAAAUAAAUGUUUACAA